UAAUUUGUAGUGUUUGAAAAUAGGCCUAUAAAUUAAGCCCUGGUUUAUCCUUACCGUCACUUCUCUAGAACUGCUGUACACCACCAAAAGACAUGGAUCAGAGCCUGAGUACCUCUCCCGCGCGCGCUCCUCUCCUUCACAGGCUUAGACACGCACGCCGCACAGCCUUCAACCGCAUGUUUGCGGCAGUCUACUUUUGUGCCAUCUUAGUGCUGCUCUAUCGCCAUGCACUCAAGCUCAUCCACUCCACCACCUACGCGUCCUUCCUCAUCUCCCUCUCCUUCCUCGUCUCCGACACUUUCCUUGCUUUCUUGUGGCUCACUCGUCAGUGUUUUCUCAUGACGAUCGUUUACCGUGAUGAAUAUCCUGAAAAUCUCUAUAAGGCACUACUUUUAGAAAAAUCUUCUUCAGACUUUCCAGCGUUGGACGUGUUUAUAUGCACUACUGAUCCAUACAAGGAGCCACCGAUGAGGCUGGUGAGCGCAGCCUUAUCGGUCAUGGCUUAUGACUAUCCGACAGAGAGGAUUUCGGUUUAUGUAUCGGAUGAUGGGGGAUCGCAGGUUACACUCUUUGCUUGCAUGGAAGCUGCAAAAUUUGCAUAUCACUGGUUACCAUUCUGCAAGAAGAAUAAUAUAAUAGAGAGGAGUCCAGAAGCUUAUUUUGCAACAAAUCACUCUUCAUGGUUCUUUGAUACAGUGGAGAUUCAGAAAAUGUAUGAAAGCAUGAAAGAAAGGGUAGAGAAAGUCCUUGAGAAAGGGAAAGUUGGGGAAGAGUAUAUCACUGAGGAGAUAGAGCGCAAGGCUUUCAGCAAAUGGACAAAUCAUGGAUUUACCCACCAAGAUCAUCCCAGUAUCAUUCAGGUCUUAUUAGAGAGUGGCAAAAACAAAGACGCGACCAACCAUUUGAUGCCAAACCUCAUCUAUGUCUCUAGGGAAAAGAGCAAGACUUCAUCCCACAAUUUCAAGGGAGGUGCCCUCAACGUCAUGCUUCGAGUGUCAGCCACAAUGACCAAUGCACCUAUAAUCCUCAACUUGGAUUGUGACAUGUAUUCUAAUGACCCACGAACACCUCUUCGUGCAUUUUGUUACCUAUUAGACCCUAAACUCAAGUCCCAAUUAGCAUAUGUUCAAUUCCCUCAAAGAUUUAAUGGGAUCAACAAGAACGAUACGUAUGGUAGUGAAUAUAGACGGAUGUUUUGUUGUAAUCCCUUGGGAUUGGAUGGAAUGUUGGGCCCUGAUUAUCUGGGAACUGGAUGCUUCUUCAACCGGCGAGCUUUCUUUGGCGGCCCAUCAACCAUUGUGUCACCGGAGAUCCCUGAACUUGGCCCCAACAGUGUUGUGGACAAAUUCAUCCAGUCCCAAGCGGUUUUGGAAUUGGCACACAAGGUUGCAGGGUGUAACUAUGAGUACAAGACCAAAUGGGGUUAUGAGGUGGGCUUCAGAUAUGGAACAUUGAUAGAGGACUUCUUCACCGGGCUUCGGCUACAUUGCGAGGGAUGGAGGUCCAUAUUUUGCAACCCUAAGAGGCCAGCCUUUUUGGGUGAUGCACCAAUCAGCCUCGAAGAUGUCCUAAACCAAGUCCAACGAUGGUCCAUCGGCAAUCUCCAAGUUGCCUUCUCCAGUUUUAGUCCAUUAACCUACGGUACUAGAUCUUUGGGCACUCUUAUGUGCCUUGCCUACACUCAUUAUUGUUUCUGGCCCACCUGGUUUAUUCCUCUCACCCUCUAUGCAUUUCUCCCCCAACUAUGCCUUCUCCAUGGACUUUCUAUAUUUCCAAAGCUAUCAGAGCCUAGUUUAAUCUUGUAUGUGUUUCUUGUGCUUGGAGCCUAUGGACAAGAUCUCCUUGAAUUUUUGAUAGAGGAAGGAACAGUCCAAAAGUGGUGGAAUGAUCAGAGAAUGUGGAUGAUAAGGGGGCUCUCAGCCUUCGGGUUUGGAUGCCUUGAGUUCUUCCUCAAAUGUUUAGGGAUUUCCACAUAUGGUUUCGGUUUGACCAACAAAGUGAUUGAUGAUGAACAAAGCAAAAGAUAUGGACAAGGUAUGUUCGAGUUUGGAGCCUCAUCAAACAUGUUUGUGCCACUAAUAACGGCAGCCAUUAUCAACUUGGCAUCAUUUCUUAUGGGGCUUGUACAAGCUCUAAGAGGCAGCAAAAUGGAGGGUCUGUUUCUGCAAAUGUUCUUAGCAGGUUUUGUAGUGCUGAAUGCCUUGCCAAUUUACAAAGCCAUGGUCUUGAGGAAUGAUAAAGGAAGAAUACCAUUCAAAACUACUGCUACUUCAACAUGUCUAGCUUUGACCCUUUAUGGGCUCAUUUCUCUUCCUCUUGCAAAUUGAAAUUAGGUGGUUUGCUUUUUAUUAUCUAUAUUAUUCUAGCUCUUAUAUGAGUGGAACACUAUAUAACUUAUCUGUAACCUUGGGCAAAUUAUUUAGGCCAACAUUUAUGCUAUGUGGUUCUGAAAGAUGAAAAUAAGCAUUGCAAAUGUUGAAUGGCUUGUGAAAA